CCUGCAGCCUGCCUGUCCCGCAUCAAUGCCCUCUCACUGGCCUACCUGCUGUUCCUGCUGCUGCUGCCCUGGUUCGAGGGCCCCACCCCACGAAGUGUCCGAGGUCACACCGGCCGCCUCCUCCGGGCCCUGCUGUGCACCAGCCUCCUCUUCCUGGCAGCCCACCUGGCCUUCCAGAUCUGCCUCCACACAGUGCCCCGCCUGGACCAGCUGCUGGGCCCCAGCUGCAGCCCCUGGGAGACACUCUCUCGGCACAUCGGGGUCACAAGGCUAGACCUGAAGGACAUCCCCAGUGCCGUGCGGCUUGUGGCCCCUGACCUUGGGAUCCUGGUCGUCUCCUCCGUCUGUCUCGGCCUCUGUGGGCGCCUCACCCGGGAAGCCCGGCAGACCUUGCACUCCCAGGAGUUGUGUGAGGAUGACGACAAUGAUGACAGGGAGGUCCAAGUCGACCCCAGCCCCCUGGUGGACUCUUGGGGUGCCCCUGAGCCAGCCCCCAAGUUGAGGUCGCGGCUGGCUGCCUGCUUCCAGGUCACGGCCCACUGGCUGCUUGUGGCUGUGGGGCGGGUCUUGGUCAUCAUGCUGCUAGCGUUGGCAGGUAUCGCCCACCCCUCGGCCCUGUCCAGCAUCUACCUGCUGGUCUUCCUGGCCAUCUGCACCUGGUGGGCCUGCCACUUCCCCAUCAGCUCCCGGGGCUUCAGAGCCGUCUGUAUGCUGGUGGGCAGCUUCUGUGCUGGCCACCUCCUCUGCCUGUACUGCUACCAGGCACCCUACGCCCGGGAGUUGCUCCCACCCUCCAGCAUCUGGGCCCGGGUACUUGGCCUCAAGGACUUGGUGAGGCCCACCAACUGCUCCAGCCCCAACGCCCUGGAGCCACACCCCGGCCACGACUGGCCCGUCUACGUGAGCCCUGGGCUGCUGCUGCUGCUGUAUGGCACCACCACGUCGCUGCUCAAGCUGCAAGGACGCCUAAGCCCGGCCCAGAGGAAGGAGGCAGCCAGCGAGGACGAGGAGCGGGACGUGGAGCUGACCGAGGUGGACCAGUGGCCCCAGGGCCAGGUGAGAGCCACUGCCGAGGAGGAGGAGGGCCCACACCUGAGGGCCCCCACGCCAGAGAUGGACGCAGACAACUGCAUUGUGCAUGACCUUACGGCCCAGAGCCCUGUCCGGCAGCGCCCCUUGCGCCACAGGCUGGCCGAGCACAGAGAGCCGUCCCCCCUACACAGCCUGGGCCGCUUCGUCAUGGACCAGAGCUACGUGUGUGCCCUCGUUGCCAUGAUGGUGUGGAGCAUCACCUACCACAGCUGGCUGACCUUUGUGCUACUGCUCUGGGCCUGUCUCAUCUGGACGGUGCGCAGCCGCCACCAGCUGGCCAUGCUCUGUGCACCCUUCCUGCUGCUCUAUGGGCUGGCGCUGUGUGUCCUACGCUACGUGUGGGCCAUGGACCUGCAGCACGAGCUGCCCACCAGGCUGGGUCCCGUCAGCCUGCGCCAGCUGGGCCUUCAGCACAGCCGCUACCCCUGCCUGGACCUUGGCGCCAUGCUACUCUACACCCUGACCUUGUGGCUCCUGCUGCGCCAGUUCGUCCGAGAGAAGCUGCUGAGGAAGGGGCGCAGCCCGGCCGCCCUGAAGGAGGAGCUAGAGCCCACGCAGACACAGAGGCUGCUCCGGGGCCUGGGGGAGCUGGUGUCGGGAGUGUUCGCCAAGUACUGGAUCUGUGUGUGCGCUGGCAUGUUUGUGGUCGUGGGCUUCGCCGGCCGCCUGGUCGUCUACAAGAUUGUCUACAUGCUCCUCUUCCUCCUCUGCCUCACUGUCUUCCAGGUCUACUACAGCCUGUGGCGGAAACUGCUCAAGGCCUUCUGGUGGCUGGUGGUGGCCUACACCAUGCUGGUCCUCAUCGCCGUCUACACCUUCCAGUUCCAGGACUUCCCUGCGCACUGGCGCAAUUUGACUGGCCUCACGGACGAGCAGCUGGGCGACCUGGGCCUGGAGCAGUUCAGCGUGUCGGAGCUCUUCUCCAGCAUCCUGGUCCCUGGCUUCUUCCUGCUCGCCUGCAUCCUGCAGCUGCACUAUGGCCACCAGCCCUUCAUGCAGCUCACCGACCUGGAACACAUGCCUGAGCCCAGGGCCUGUCCCUUGCGCUGGGCCCACAGGCAAGACGUAAGCGAGGCCCCAUUGCUGCUGGGGCCAGAGGCAGAGGCAGCCCCCAGGGUUGACGGGCUGAGCUCAGCCAGCCCCUUUGAAGCCUCGACCAACAAGUGGGGCCUGGUGGCAGAGCGGCUGUUGGAGCUGGCAGCCAGCUUCUCGGCCGUGCGGGCCCGCGUGCAGGUCUUCGUGCGGCGCCUGCUCGAGCUGCAUGUCAUCAAGCUGGUGGCCCUGUACACCGUCUGGGUGGCCCUGAAGGAGGUGUCGGUGAUGAACUUCCUGCUGGUGGUGCUGUGGGCCUUUGCCCUUCCUUACCCCCGCUUCCGGCCCAUGGCCUCCUGCCUGUCCACCAUCUGGACCUCCAUCAUCAUCGUAUGUAAGAUGCUGUAUCAGCUCACCGUCGUCAACCCCCAUGAGUACUCCAGCAACUGCACCCAGCCCCUCUCCAACAGCACCAACCUGCUGAAGACAGAGAUCAACCAGUCCUUGUUGUACCAAGGACCUGUCGACCCUGCCAACUGGUUCGGGGUGCGAAAGGGUUUUCCCAACCUGGGCUACAUCCAGAACCACCUGCAGGUCUUGCUGCUGCUGGUGUUUGAGGCCCUCGUGUACCGGCGCCAGGAGCACUACCGCCGGCAGCACCAGGCAGCGCCACUCCCUGCCCAGGCUGUCUGCGCCGACGGCACCCGUCAGCGCCUCGACCGUGACCUGCUUGCCUGCCUCAAGUACUUCAUCAAUUUCUUCUUCUACAAAUUCGGGCUGGAGAUCUGCUUUCUGAUGGCAGUGAACGUGAUUGGCCAACGCAUGAACUUCAUGGCCAUCCUGCAUGGCUGCUGGCUGGUGGCUGUCCUCACUCGCCGGCGCCGUGAGGCCAUCGCUCGCCUUUGGCCCAACUACUGCCUGUUCCUCACGCUCUUCCUCCUCUAUCAGUACCUGCUGUGCCUGGGCAUGCCCCCCGCCCUGUGCCUGGACUACCCAUGGCGCUGGAGCCAGGCUAUCCCUAUGAACUCUGCUCUCAUCAAGUGGCUGUACCUGCCUGAUUUCUUCAGGGCUCCCAAUUCUACCAACCUCAUCAGCGACUUCCUCCUGCUGCUCUGUGCCUCCCAGCAGUGGCAGGUCUUCCUGGCGGAACGCACCGAGGAAUGGCAGCACAUGGCCGGCACCAACACAGACCAUGUGGAGCCCCUGCGGGGGGAGCCCAACCCUGUGCCCAACUUCAUCCACUGCAGGUCCUACCUGGACAUGGUGAAGGUGGCUGUCUUCCGCCACCUCUUCUGGCUGGUUCUGGUGGUGGUGUUCGUCACGGGGGCCACUCGCAUCAGCGUCUUCGGCCUGGGCUACCUGCUGGCCUGCUUCUACCUACUGCUCUUCGGGACUCAGCUGCUGCGUAAGGACACGCAUGCCCGCCUUGUGCGCUGGGACUGCCUCAUCCUGUACAACGUCACCGUCAUCAUCUCCAAGAACAUGCUCUCGCUCCUGUCCUGCGUCUUUGUGGAACAAAUGCAGAGCAGCUUCUGUUGGGUCAUCCAGCUCUUCAGCCUCGUGUGCACCGUCAAGGGCUACUACGACCCCAAGGCCAUGGGGAGCAAGGACCGGGACUGCGCUCUGCCCGUGGAGGAGGCCGGUAUCAUCUGGGACAGCAUCUGCUUCUUCUUCCUGCUGCUGCAGCGACGGGUCUUCCUCAGCUACUACUUCCUGCACGUGGCCGCUGACCUCCAGGCCACCGCCCUGCAGGCCUCCAGGGGCUUCGCCCUGUACCACGCAGCCAGUCUCAAGAGCAUGGAGGCCCACCGCAGGGCUGAGGAGAAGUCGCUGGCCCAGCUAAAAAGACAGAUGGAGCGCAUCCGCGCCAAACAGGAGAAACACCGGCAGGCCCAGGCGGGCCCCACAGAGGCUGGGGACCCCAGCCAGGAGCCAGGGCCCAGCAAUGCAGGGGGCACCUCCCCGGCCCGGAGACAGUGGUGGCAGCCCUGGUUGGACCAUGCCACAGUGAUCCACUCAGGGGACUAUGUGCUGUUUGAGUCGGACAGUGAGGAGGAAGAGGAGGCACAGCCCGAGGACACCAGGCCAUCAGCACAGAGUGCCUUCCAGAUGGCGUACCAGGCGUGGGUGACCAACGCCCAGACAGUCCUACGGCGGCGGCAGCAGGAGCAGACACAAGAGGGGCAGGCACCCAUGGGAGGUGACCCAAGCCAGGAGGCUGAGCCAGCAGAGGCUCUGGAGGAUGAAGCAGCAGGCCGCAGCCACGUGAUGCAGCGGGUGGUAAACAUGGUGCAGUUCCUGUGGGUUCUGGGCCAGGCGCUGGUGGAUGGACUGACACGCUGGCUGCAGGCCUUCACACGCCAGCACCAGACCAUGAGUGACGUGCUCCGCGCCGAGCGCUACCUCCUCACACAGGAGCUGCUGCGGGGUGCAGAGGUGCGACGGGGCAUCCUGGAUCAGCUGUACGCGAGUGAGGACGAGGACAGCGAUGAGCUGCCAGGCCCUGCUGACGGCCCGGAGGCACCGAGCACAGCAUCAAGUGGGCUCGGGGCUGAGGAGCCGCUGAACAGCACAGCCGAGGACACGAGCAGCCCCCUGACCACAGGUUACAACACCCGCAGCAACAGCCAGGAGGUCAUGGCCGACCCUGAGAGCCCUAAGGCUGGGCCCUCCCGCCGUGGCUCCCGAGAACUUCUGGCCAACGCCCGCUUGCGGACACGCACGGCCAGCGAGUUGCUGCUCAACAGGCGCCUACACAUCCCCGAGCUAGAGGAGGCAGAGCAGUUUGCAGCUGGGCAGGGCCGGCUGCUGCGGCUGCUGCAGGCUGGGUACCAGUGUGUGGCAGCCCACUCGGAGCUCCUGUGCUACUUCAUCAUCAUCCUCAACCACAUGGUCACUGCCUCGGCCGCCUCCCUCGUGCUGCCCGUGCUGGUCUUCCUGUGGGCCAUGCUGUCCAUCCCGAGGCCCAGCAAGUGCUUCUGGAUGACAGCUAUUGUCUUCACCGAGGUCAUGGUGGUCACCAAGUACCUCUUCCAGUUCGGCUUCUUCCCCUGGAACAGCUACGCAGUGCUGCGUCGCCACGAGAACAAGCCAUACUUCCCGCCGCGCAUCCUGGGCCUGGAGAAGACGGAUGGCUACCUCAAGUACGACCUGGUGCAGCUCAUGGUGCUGUUCUUCCACCGCGCCCAGCUGCUGAACUACGGCCUCUGGGACCACAAGGAGGGCUCGCUCCGCAAGGAGCCUGACCGAGGCAGUGGGAAGGAGGCUGAGGAGGAGCCAGCUGCACUGCCAGGACCUCAUCCAGAGCCAGGGGUGGCCGGGACUCUACCAGACAACAACGUACCGGUCAAAGCCAGGGCUGACCCUGAGGACGAGACCCCAGAGGCUGAAGUGGAGCUCAGGCCUCGGAACCCACAGCACAUGGGCCUGCACUUUCGGAGGAAAAGGAAGAGUGCAGAGCCCAGGGGACCAGUGCCCGGCGGAGCUGGGGAAGGAGAAGAGGAGGAGGAGGAGGAGGAAGGGAAGCAGGCUGCAGCCCCUGGGAGAGCCAAGAAGCCGAGCUGCUCCCGGGAGAGGGUGAAGGCAGCCGGGCUGUGGCUGCAGAGCUUCUGCUUGUCACUGGCCCAGAGCGUGUUCCAACCCCUGCGGCAGUUCUUCCACGAUAUCCUGCACACCAAGUACCGCGCGGCCACCGAUGUCUACGCGCUCAUGUUCCUGGCCGAUGUCGUCGACUUCAUCAUCAUCAUCUUCGGUUUCUGGGCCUUUGGGAAGCACUCGGCAGCCACAGACAUCACAUCCUCGCUGUCAGACAACCAGGUGCCUGAGGCCUUCCUGGUGAUGCUGUUGAUCCAGUUCGGCACCAUGGUGGUCGACCGCGCCCUUUACCUGCGCAAGACUGUGCUGGGCAAGCUGGCCUUCCAGGUGGCGCUGGUGCUGGCCACCCACUUGUGGAUGUUCUUCAUCCUGCCCGCCGUCACCGAGAGGAUGUUCAGCCAGAACGCCGUGGCCCAGCUGUGGUACUUUGUCAAGUGUGUCUACUUCGCGCUGUCUGCCUACCAGAUCCGCUGCGGCUACCCCACCCGCAUCCUGGGCAACUUCCUCACCAAGAAAUAUAACCACCUCAACCUUUUCCUUUUCCAGGGGUUCCGGCUGGUGCCGUUCCUCGUGGAGCUGCGGGCAGUGAUGGACUGGGUGUGGACAGAUACCACACUGUGCCUCUCCAACUGGAUGUGUGUGGAGGACAUCUACGCCAACGUCUUUAUCAUCAAAUGCAGUCGCGAGACAGAGAAGAAAUAUCCGCAGCCCAGGGGGCAGAAGAAGAAGAAGGUGGUCAAGUACGGCAUGGGCGGCCUCAUCAUCCUCUUCCUCAUUGCCAUCAUCUGGUUCCCGUUGCUCUUCAUGUCACUGGUGCGCUCGGUGGUGGGAGUGGUCAACCAGCCCAUCGAUGUCACCGUCACCCUCAAACUGGGCGGCUAUGAGCCCCUGUUCACCAUGAGCGCCCAGCAGCCCUGCAUCGUCCCCUUCACGGCCCAGACCUAUGAGGAGCUGUCCAAGCAGUUUGACCCGUACCCACUGGCCAUGCAGUUCAUCAGCCAGUACAGCCCCGAGGACAUAGUCACCGCCCAGAUUGAGGGCAGCUCGGGGGCGCUAUGGCGCAUCAGCCCGCCGAGCCGGGCCCAGAUGAAGCGGGAGCUGUACAAUGGCUCAUCUGACAUUACCCUGCGCCUCACCUGGAACUUCCAGAGGGACUUGGCCAAGGGCGGCACCGUGGAAUACACCAACGAGAAGCACACCGUGGACCUGGCUCCCAACAGUACGGCACGGCGGCAGCUGGCCAGCCUGCUCGAGGGCACCUUGGAUCAGUCUGUGGUCAUCCCCAACCUGUUCCCCAAGUACAUCCGUGCCCCCAACGGGCCGGAAGCCAACCCUGUGAAGCAGCUGCAGCCCAAUGACGAGGAAGACUACCUGGGCGUGCGCAUCCAGCUGCGCAGGGAGCGCGUGGGUGCGGGGGCCGACGGCUUCCUGGAGUGGUGGGUGGUGGAGCUGCAGGACUGCCGCGCUGACUGCAACCUGCUGCCCAUGGUCAUCUUCAGCGACAAGGUCAGCCCACCAAGCCUUGGAUUCCUGGCAGGCUACGGGAUCAUGGGCCUCUACGUGUCUAUCGUGCUGGUCAUCGGCAAGUUUGUGCGCAGCUUCUUCAGCGAGACGUCGCACUCCAUCAUGUUCGAGGAGCUGCCCUGUGUGGAUCGCAUCCUCAAGCUCUGCCAGGACAUCUUCCUGGUGCGCGAGACUCGUGAGCUGGCGCUGGAGGAGGAGCUGUACGCCAAGCUCAUCUUCCUCUACCGCUCGCCGGAGACCAUGAUCAAGUGGACCCGCGAGAAGGAGUAG